AUGAGGUAUGAUGAAAAUGGCGAGACUAGUUUGGAGGCACCUCCAACAGUUUACGUAAAAGAUAAGCAGGUCCUGGACCUGGACAACAUCGACGCCCUAAUAAUUGUUGUAAUAAUUUGUUUGAUUACACCAAGAGUACCCUGCCUUCCUUACUUAUUAGGAUUUUUACAAAUAAGUGAAAAUACUCAAGGACUUCAGGAGUAUGAAUUUCAUGUUUCCUCAGCAGGAACCCUGGCUCAGUUUGAGGGUCCCGCCGCCCCGAGCCCCGAGCCCUCCCCUAGCCCUCCUCCUCCUCCUCCUUUUGCAGGAGGGCAGGUGCGCGCCCCGCUCCCGGGCACUGCACGGCCCCUCGGCGCGUCGACCCCGGAAAAGGAGGAGAGGAGUCGCUGGGCAGCGGGCCGGGGGACGCGGCUGGGGCCGCAGUCGCGGGCAGGACGAGGAGGCGGCGCGGCUGCGGGCGGCCGGACCGGGAGGGCUCCGCCGCAGCGGGACCGAGCGGCGGGGGAGGCGCGCCGGGCGCCCGGGCAGCGUACUCACCAAGGGGGCCGCGCGGGCUCAGGGCGUCCGCACUCGGGAGACCCGGUGGAGCGCAGCCCUCCGCCGCGCCCGCGGCCUCGCUGGCAAGCGCGGCGAGACGGGCCGGCGGCGUCGCUGCCACCGCAGCUGUCACCGAGCUAUAAAUACCGGCUCGGCCCACACCCGUCGCCGCCUACGCCGGGGGCCCUCCGCAAAGUCCGCCGGCCGCGGGCCGGGCAGCGGGAGCGCGAGGGCGACAGCGCCGCGCAGACUGCGCCGGCUCCAGCUGUGCGGCAGCUUCCGCAGCUGGAGGCAUGGCCUCCCGCCACCCCCGCCUCUGCCCUCCCGCCGCCCCCGCCCCUGCCCUCCCGCUCCCUCCCCUCGGGCCCGCGCCGCGGCCCGACUCCAGCCCGCGGGUCGUGCGCCGCGGCCGAGCUGCCCGGGCCGGGCCCUCCUCUGCAGAGCCGGUGGCGGCGGCGGCGGGCGGGGGCCGACUUCGGUACCCGGAGGGGUAGGGGCUAG